GGAGACACAAGCGUGAUCACUUUGCUCUGUAGAAUAGAAGACGUGCUGAUUGUCGGUUCAAAGUAGAGAGAUAGAAUGAGAAAGAGAGGGAGGGAGAGAGAGAGAAAUGGGUGUUGCACAACAGGAUGAACAUUGUUCAUCGCGAUAUCAAACUCCAGAACUGGCUUCAUCCUAGUGAAGAUAGCGCGGACGACCAGUUGAAGCUGAUCGACUUUGGUUUCAGCCGCUUCAGGGCGAAAAAUGGAGAGGACCCACAGGAGGUGGCCACCGCAGGUACUGUCGACUCCUUGGCUCCGGAACUGUUGACGCCUUCUUCCGAAGUGAAGCCCCCAACCGACGUCUGUGUGCUGGGUGUCAUCGUUUUUCUGCUGCUUGGUGGCUACCCGCCCUUCACGGGUAGCAGCACGCAGGAGGUCGUGGCCGCAAUCCGAGAAAACCAGAUCAAGUAGUUCCGUUCGCGGUUCCUGAACGUCUCCAUGGAGGCUGCACGGACCGACGUUCGUGACAAAGCUGUUGAACCCUAAUCCGGACACGAGACUGAGCGCUAUGGAGGCGCUGCAAGACCCCUGGAUCAAGGAGAGAGAUCCGGGGAGCGGUGCGGCGCCGGCGAGAUUGCUGAAUGGAGACGUCCUGGGUGCCAUCGCGAGCUUCCACAAACGCAGUGCCUCGGAGAAAGCGACAGCGAUAAUCAUGACGCAGUGCGUGGGUGGCGAUGAAGUGCAGGCACCGGAAAAGGUGUUCAUGUCGCUCGACGUCUCAAACGAUGGAGCCGUGGAACUCCUGAAGAACGAACUGAAGCGCGCUCUUGUGGAUAUUGGCAGGACCGAUCGGGAUCGAGUUCGUGGCUUUGACUACCUCUUAUUUAAAACCCAGGACAACUACGAGGAACAAGGGGAGAAGAAGGCGAAGGCGAAACAAGAAUCUGCAGAAGCCGACAAACCAGCAAACGGCGCGGAAAAAAAGAGGUUUUCAAAGCUAGACAGUUCCAUGACUGGCAGUCGGCAGUCGGCAACCUCGGAUCCGAUCGAUGAGGUGAGGUUAACGCAGAUGUUCGACGAUCUCGAUUACAACAAGGACCAGCACAUCUACUUCAGCGAUUUUUUCACUGCCGUGAUGGCCUGCAAGGCUCCGACGAACUGA